AAUUAGUAAAUUUAGAAUGUUUCGUAUUAUUUCAUGUCAGCGUUUCGAGAGCUUAAUGUGAGCUUCUUAAGUUUAAAUCGGCGAUGCUUACCGAAAACUACUGAGAUGAAAAUCCAUCUGUUGUUUUUGCAAUAGUGUUUCUUAAUAACUACAUACUUUGUUAAAAUGGGUCACGCUUCGUAUAUUAAGCGAAUCUAUAUAUAAGUCAUUGUUGGUUUGUUUCGUGUAGCUUAUUUGUUGAGUGCAUAUAGGAUUUAGUUGCAAUGAAUAUCAAAAAGUUUCCCACUAUCCUUGAAUAAUUAAUACGCUGUAAAUUUGAUUUUGCAUAGUUAUUCGUUAAUUUUUUUCUAACAUAAUCCGAGAGUAGUUAACUUUCCAAAUUGCAUACUUUGAUAAUUUGUAAUCUUUUCAUGGUGAUAAAAUUGACUGAGAAUGGGUUUUAACUGUGGAAAAAAUUAAUUGGUUAUACAACUAUAACAACUGGUGAAAAGAAUGCAGCGUGGAAAUUACGAAGUGUCUUCAAGUUCGAUGAAAAAAGAAGGCGCAGUGAUGGAUGAAGGUGUUGGGACUUCUUCUGAAUCUGGUGUAAACAUGCGGAUGACUGAGAUACCUGAUCGUUCAGUUGAUGAUUUCAAUUUACAGGAAGAGUUGCCAGUAACAAUAGAAGCUAAUAUUGAUCACAAUAAAGUGAAGAAGUUUCGCAAGGACAAGUUGGACCGAUCUACCAUAGUGGGAUGUAUGAUCAUUGUCGUGUUUAUGAUUGCACUCAUUGUCAUGGUCAUACUCACUGAAGGAUGUGUCAAAAAUGAAGGAAGAAAGGGCUACACGUGUGCGGAUACGACUGGGAGUGAAAAGGAAAGUUGGAGAGAUGCCUACUGCUCAGACCCACUGAGGACAGAUUGCCACUACUUAAGUGCGAAGAAGGAAACACAUGUUCAUGUUAUCGCAGAUCUGGUCAGAUGCGAUACACUCAAGUUCCCAAGUGAGAAGGUGACGAAGGUAGUAAUGUGGGACGAGGACAACUUCCUCCACUUAGCAGAUGACAAUCUGGGCUUGUGUCGCAUAAUGGAAGAAUCCUUCUUUGUAUGUCAUGCCAGAGGACUGUUUCUGGUUGAAGGUGUGUCCAGAAUGAACCCGCCUGAUUUAUAUUUCAAGAUGACAGUGAAUGACACCGAUCCAAAUUCUGAUUUCUGCGGUGAAGUGCAAUCCACCGACACGUAUGACCCAUCCGACCCAGACAGAGACGGAGUGUGUGUGGUGAACACGAAAAGUUUGGGGGUGGUGGAGCCUAAUGAGAAGCCAGAGAAGUGUAAGUCGCCAGAUGUGGAAGUGAUGAGAGUGUCAACUAACGAGAUGAUUACACAGCAGCUGGACGAGAGUGGUCGUUUUUUCCUGGAAACCAGUCAGCUCGAUAACUGGGUAGUCUGGAAGUGUUUCCUCCGAAUCACACUGUCCAAAUGGGACCGAGGCAGAUGUGUACCAGUUUCAGAACUUCAACCCUAACUCACAUAGCCGAAAAACGCUUACGAUUAGCGGCCCUCUAGAAAAAAUUCAAAUUGCAUUUUAGAUUCUCAAUUUCUGAAAAUUUUUAUAUGACUCAUUUUUUGAAAGGAAAUCACAUUUUUUCGCAUUUGAUGACGUGUAAAUACAAUACUGUGUAGAUAAAAUUGUUGCUUUUAAGACAAGCGAUCCCGUUGCUAUUUGUUUGAAACUAGAGUUUGGAGCUGGUUUAGAUAAGAAUUUAAACCUUUUCCCGUUUUAU